UCUCAAUUUCUUCUCAAAACCGAACAACUGUUACAAGGCGAGAUCCAUCUCUAUUUUGCAUUGGUGUUUUAAUCGCGAGUUCAGUCUGAGGCGAAAGGGUGGAGUUUCCUGCUAUAAUGUUUUUAUUUUCGCUCUAAAAGUUCCAUUUGAACGAUUUUUUUCUUAUCAGUCUGCAGAAAUCCUCCGCGAGUCUCUGUGCACGAACUGACUUUGGCAUGAACGCUCGCAUGGGCAGAUAAACGACAGGGAAUUAUUUAUUUGGAGUUUUUGUAACACCACUUUUUGAAUUCUUUGUGAUUCUUUGUACUCGUAUUUUUUAUUUAAUUCAUUUUGCGUUCCAAACUGCAAUGAAAGUGUUUAGCUUUUGCCUGAAGUGGACGUUUAUCCUGCUGCUGAGUCUCUCUAUAUGUGUUGCUGAAGAAAGCCCAACUUCAUCAAACACUGUGAAUCCUUGUUGCUAUUACCCUUGUCAAAACCGAGGGAUUUGUGUUCGAUUUGGCCUGGACAGAUAUGAAUGUGACUGCACCAGAACAGGAUACUAUGGAGAAAAUUGCACUAUACCUGAGUUCUGGUCUCGAGUCUAUCGCCUCCUGAAGCCCAGUCCUAAUGUUGUCCACUAUAUCCUAACCCACUUCGACUGGCUAUGGGACAUCAUCAACAGGACGUUCCUCAGGGAUUGGCUCAUGCGCAAAGUGCUCACAGUAAGAGCCAACUUAAUCCCAAGUCCCCCGACAUACAAUUCCAAAUAUGACUACUUGAACUGGGAGGCAUAUUCCAACAUCACCUACUACACAAGGAUUCUGCCACCAGUCCCUCAGGACUGCCCCACACCAAUGGGAACCAAAGGAAAAAUGACGCUUCCAGACCCCAAGCUUCUUGUUGAGAAGUUCAUGUUAAGACGGAAUUUCAGACCAGACCCUCAGGGAACAAAUUUAAUGUUCGCCUUUUUCGCUCAGCACUUCACCCACCAGUUUUUCAAGACUCACAACCGUGUGGGACUUGGGUUCACAAAAGGUCUGGGUCACGGGGUGGAUGCCGGACACAUUUAUGGAGAUUCUCUUGAUCGCCAGCUGGAUCUCAGACUGCACAAAGAUGGAAAAUUGAAGUACCAGGUUGUCAGUGGUGAGAUUUACCCCCCCACCGUGCAAGAUGCACAGGUCAAAAUGAGUUACCCCCCGUCUGUCCCUCCGGAGCAGCAGUUGGCCAUCGGGCAAGAAGUGUUUGGACUUCUACCGGGUCUCAGUAUGUAUGCCACCUUGUGGCUGCGUGAGCACAACCGUGUGUGUGAUAUCCUGAAACAAGAACAUCCGACCUGGGGGGAUGAGCAGCUGUUUCAGACCGCCAGGCUCAUUAUUAUAGGCGAGACCAUUCAUAUUGUGAUCGAGGACUAUGUGCAGCAUCUGAGCGGUUACCUGCUGAAGCUCCGGUUUGAUCCCACGCUGCUGUUCACCUCACAGUUCCAGUACCAGAACCGCAUUGCUGUGGAGUUCAAUCAGCUUUACCACUGGCACCCACUCAUGCCUGACAGCUUCCACAUCGAUGGAAAAGAGAUUCAGUACCCUCAGUUCAUAUUCAACACCUCUAUCCUCACCCACUACGGGGUGGAGAAGUUGGUUGAGGCCUUCUCGACCCAACCAGCAGGACAGAUUGGAGGUGGUCAUAAUAUUCACCCAGUGGUGUGCAAAGUAGCUGAGGGGGUCAUCCUUGAAUCGAGGGAGCUUCGAUUUCAGCCCUUCAAUGAGUAUCGCAAGAGAUUCAAUCUGAAACCCUACACGUCGUUCUCUGAAUUUACAGGAGAGGAAGAAAUGGCUAAAGAACUAGAGGAACUCUACGGUGAUAUAGAUGCUCUCGAGUUCUACCCAGCUCUUAUGCUAGAGAAGACACGAUCUGGUGCGAUAUUUGGCGAAAGCAUGGUGGAAAUGGGGGCCCCAUUUUCCCUAAAAGGCCUCAUGGGAAAUCCCAUUUGCUCCCCUGACUACUGGAAGCCCAGUACAUUUGGGGGGCAGAAAGGAUUCGAUAUAGUAAACUCUGCUUCUUUGAAGAAACUGGUUUGCCUCAAUACAAAAUGGUGUCCGUAUGUAUCUUUCCAUACUCCUCCUGCAGAUUAUAAACAACAGAGGACAUCUCACAGUGAACUUUAGCUUAGUGUUCUUCUGGAAUCUGUUUUAAAUCACAGACCACAAAUUUGAUCUUUAAUAACAGAUGCUUGAUUUUAUUCCAGUAUUUCAGAAUGAGAAUCAGAAACGAAUUAGUAAUAAGAGUUAUUAGAGAGUAGUUAUUUGUUACAAGGUGAUUGAAGAAUAAUUUUUUAUAGUAUUACCAUAUAAUGAAUACUGGCCAAUUUUACCGAAGCAACUGUUGCCAUUCGCGUUCUUUUGUAAUACAACGCCACAAUUCAUCCCAGCCCACUUAAUGAGCAUAUAUUACUGAAAAUCAUGCUAUUCACGAAAAUCUCACUUUCAUUUUAUGACAUUUUUAUGGGAAGUUUGAAACUGUAACUAAGGGGGUGGAGCUUAAAUGAAAGACAAGUUCGCAGGCUGGUGAUUCACUAUUCUGGUAACACUGUACAAUACGGUUUCAUUUGUUAAUACUAGUUAACAUGAACAUGAUACUUCUAAAGCAUUUAUUAAUCUGAGGGGCCGUUUUUCACUUUUCAACUGAAAACUUUUAAGUUUUGGUCGUUCAUUUACUCAACAACAGAGUUUUGGGGGAAACGGUUUUCAAAGUGCAAGUUUUUGAAAACGAUACUGUUAUUGUCUCUGUGUAAACAACAAAAACACUAACUAACUAAUGGGACCUUAUUGUAAAGUGUUACUAGUAUGGUUUACUAUUUACUUUAUAUAGUAAACAUGGGCAUUUAUUACCUUAUUUGUUAUUUACUUGAUUUAACCAUUAAAAAUGGUUUCUGGUGGUGUAUAACCUUAUAUUGCCAGGUUGAUUCAGUCACAUUAAAACAUUUUUUACUUGAAUAAAAUCAGAACAUUAAUAAAAAACAUUGUGCAAAUGACAUUGAGGGGCUGUUUACACGACACCGUUUUCAACUAAAAACAAAAAAUGUUUUAAGCGUUUUGGCCGUUAUUGUCUCCAUGUAAACUACAGAAACGCGAAUUUGAGAAAACUGAGCGCAGUUUUUCUUUACAAAGCAACAUUGCCAACUACUGGCCUGGCAUGCAUAAUAUAGCCUUUUUAGGCAUUUUUGUAGAUUAAUGUGAAAGGCGAUCAUUUUCACAAUGUUGUCGUCUUUACAAUGGACAAACUUUUCCAUUUUUAGUAUAUCAUUGUAGUGUAAAUGUACCCUACGGGCACUCAUGUUGCCAAACAUCCAUCCAUCCAUUUUCCAAACCACUUGUCCUAUGUAGGGUUGGUAGAGUCUAUCCCAGGGAAACACGAUAUCCCUGAACGAAUGGAUGGCCAGUCCAUCGAAGGCCAAAAAAAAAAACAUUCAGCUUUAAUAAUAAAAAAAACCACAUCAAUUGUAUUUGCUGCCUUUGUUCUGUUAAGUAAAUUGACUGUCUAAUGCACUGUACAGUUUUUUAAAAAUUCAUUUGGCAUUGAACUUUGGAUCUGUGAUAGGCCAGUUUUUUUUUUUUAGUUUUGUUUUUUUUUCAGUAUUUACUGUUGUAUUAAUUGUUCCUUUAUAGAAAUGAAUGUAACCUUAUAAUAUUCCUGUCCUUCCAAGCAAAAGACAGGCAUUUGUAGCAUCAUUACUAUGAGAUUUUUCUGCAAUAUGAUUUUGUUUGUCAAAGAGAUCUUUAUCUGUAUGCCUGAUCAUUGUUAUAAGCAGUUUACUAAAAUAAAACAAAAUCUAUUUUACAACAA